AUGGGAAAUCCACUUCUUGACAUUUUAGCCGUACAUUUGAUUUUUUGGAUUAUUGAUUUUGACUAUCAAUUGACGUCGUUCCCUACUUUUAGAUAUGAUAUUAAGCUCAACAAUGCUAUUCUUGCUGAAGACAAGCAUCUGCCAAUGUAUGAUGAGAUGUCAUCCAAAUACACUGUAGAGUACAUUGCUGGAGGUGCUACUCAGAACUCGAUCCGAGUUGCCCAGUGGAUGCUUAAAGUCCCUGGUGCAACAAGCUUUAUGGGAUCCAUUGGAAAGGAUAAGUAUGGGGAGGAGAUGAAAAAGAACUCAAAGAGUGCUGGUGUUAAUGUGCACUAUUAUGAGGAUGAAGCUGCACCAAUGGGUACAUGUGCUGUUUGCGUUGUUGGUGGUGAGAGGUCACUUAUUGCCAACCUAUCUGCUGCCAAAUGCUACAAGUCGGAGCAGUUGAGAAAGCCAGAAAACUGGGCUCUUGUUGAAAAGGCCAAGUACAUAUAUAUUGCCGGAUUUUUCCUUACCGUCUCCCCUGAAUCAAUUCAGCUUGUAGCUGAGCAUGCAGCUGCUACCAACAAGGUCUUCACAAUGAACCUUUCUGCACCGUUCAUCUGUGAGUUGUAUAAGGAUGCUCAAGAAAAAGCCUUACCGUAUGCUGACUAUGUCUUCGGAAAUGAAGCUGAAGCAAGAACAUUCUCGAAGGUUCAUGGCUGGGAGACUGAAAAUGUGGAGGAGAUUGCCAUUAAGAUCUCUCAAUUGCCAAAAGCAUCAGGGACAUACCAGAGGAUUACUGUGAUCACUCAGGGUGCCGACCCUGUGGUGGUUGCUCAGGAUGGACAAGUGAACACAUAUCCCGUCAUCCACUUGUCAAAGGAGAAACUCGUGGAUACCAAUGGAGCAGGUGAUGCAUUCGUUGGGGGAUUUUUGUCUCAGUUGAUAAAAGGAGAUCGAGCCUAUUGAGGAAUGUGUGAGAGCCGGCUGCUAUGCAUCCAAUGUGAUUAUCCAAAGAUCAGGUUGCACCUACCCAGAGA